AUGCGCCGGACCAAUCUUUUCUUUUUCGCUGGAAUCCAGCUUUGUUCUGCGCGAUCCGCGAGCUUCAGCAUCCACGAUGAUUUGCUCGCCUAUCCCCAGUUUGAAGUAGUAUUCGCCAGCGAUUAUAUUUCUGAAAAGGAUGCACAGGCGCUAGUUAAUCGCAAUAAUCAACAACACCCAACAUAUUCCGCCGAGUUUUCGAAAACAACCGGAAAUCAUGCACAUGCCACAACGACGACUGAUGCGGCUGCUCCAAGUUCCAACGAGUCCGAUGAAAUCGCGAGCUAUUCUUACGAAAUAUUGAAUUUAUCACCACAUCGAUACCUGUGUUCGAUACCCGUCAUAGAACCACCUGGCCCAGUAAAUGAAACGGAGAAUGCAUUGGCCAAAGUGGAGGAGGAACGAGAACACCAGCGAGCGGCCGUAAAGGGCUGGGAGCUCGUAAGCAAGCUAGAAGGUUCUUGUUUAUACUACGUAUCUGGAUGGUGGAGCUACAGUUUUUGUAACAACCGCGAGAUUGUACAAUACCACGCCAUAUCGGUGUCAAGUAACGGCCAGAUUCCCAGGCGGGACCCUAACGGCCAAGAGUAUAUCUUGGGCAGGGUGCCGACACUCCCCGCAACAACCGGGGACCGAAAAAAAAAGAGGCAACAGCGCGGUUUCGACGAUCCACCUCGUCCGCCGGCCGAACUACAAGUAAAGGGAGACCAACGCUAUCUUGUGCAAAAGCUCGAAGGUGGUACGAUUUGCGACCUGACGGGCAAGGACCGAAAAAUUGAAGUUCAGUACCAGUGCGUACCGGGCAUCAAGACCGACAAGAUUGGAUGGAUCAAAGAGGUGGUUACUUGCUCCUAUGUUAUGAUGAUCAACACGCCUCGACUGUGUAGCGAUGUCGCCUUUCAGCCACCCGUAGAAAAGAUUGCAAACCCCAUCAGCUGCAAACUGAUUUCUGAAAGCGACGCAUCCACAUUACUUUUGGAUCAGCAGCCGAGAGCUGCACAGCCUGACAAUGACGGAACGAAGGAGAACAUCAGGCAGAAAGAGACCAACGACGAGGUCAACGAAAAAAAGGACGCCGCACAAGUCACUGUUGGGGGCGUUCUUGUUGGAGGCAAACGAGCCCUCUCUACCGGCGACGACGAUGGCAAGCCCCUCAAGCUCCAAGGGCUCGGUCACUUGUUUGCUCCGCAACCCAAGAUCCUGCAGAUCAUCGCCGAGGCGGCCAGUAAAGAAAACGGCGGAAAAGUAAAAGGUCUAACCGAAGAGGAGCUUGAAAAGCUAAACAUCGAUCCCAAGGCUGUUCAGGAAAUGCGCGAGAAACUCAAGAAGCUCGCGGGCGAAAAGGGCUGGAAGAUGCAGUUGUUCCAGAUGAAUGAGGACGACGAAAAGGAGCUUUUCGGCUAUGUCGAUGAUACUGAAGAGGAGGAAGGGGAAGGGAAGCCUGGAGACGGGAAGGUGGACAGCGGCAAGACGAAGAGCGAUGGGGACGCUGGGGGAGAGAAAGGGCCGAAUCAUAAAGAACCGGGGAAGCAGAGGAUGAAAUCAAGGGAAAAGAAAAAAGACGAGGGAAAAGGGAGCGAGGAGAAGUUUUUCAACCGUGACGAAUUGUAA